AUGGUCAUUGUGAAAAGAUUGGUAACCAACAAGGCUGUGGUUAUAUUCAGCAAGAGUUCUUGCUGUAUAUGCCACAGCAUCAGGACACUGAUAUGCAGCUUCGGGGCAAAUCCUACUGUUUAUGAGCUUGAUGAACACCCAGAUGGUCAAAUAAUCGAGAGGGAACUCAAAGCCUUAGGGUGUAAGCCAUGUACCCCAGCGGUUUUUAUAGGCCAGGAGCUGAUUGGUGGAGCCAAUGAGAUUAUGAGCCUGCAUCUCAAAGGCAAGCUGGUCCCUAUGCUCAUCAAAGAGAGAGCUAUAUGGCUCUAA